AACCAAUUCCUGGGUUCAAGUUUAAAUUACUUUACUACCCUUCCCACCAUCACCAACCUGAUGAAAUUACUCUACUACCCUUCCCACCACCAACCUGAAGCCUAUGGGCUGCUGGAUUGUGUUUCUAGAUGGGGAUUUUGAGUCGGUGGUAGUUGAGAAUUAGGAAUUUGAGAUGCAUAAACUAAAGAAAACAAGUUUAGAAGGGGUUGGUGUUACUUAACAAUCUCCUAAUCUUAAGUCAUUCUUUUGAUUUUUCGGCAUAAAUAUAUCGAUAAGAAUCUCCCUACAUAAACGUAAGACUUUGGUUUAACCCGAAGUAGAAAUAUGGCUGGCAGCGCAGACCUAGGUGCUAUUACGUCAAAAACAGGCGAACACGUAGUUAGGAGGCCACGAGGCCGGCCCGCCGGCUCCAAAAACAAGCCAAAACCGCCCAUCAUCAUCACCCGAGACAGUGCCAACACACUAAGGGCUCACGCCAUGGAGGUUAGCCCGGGGUGCGAUGUUGGUGAGUCCUUAGCCACCUUCGCUAGGCGGAAGCAACAGGGUAUCUGGGUGCUAAGUGCCGCCGGGUGCGUGAGCAACGUCGUGUUGCGUCAACCAUCUCCGUCGCCAACGAAUCCGGCUUCCGGGCCGAUAGUCACCCUUCACGGCCGCUUCGAGAUUUUAUCGUUGAUCGGUUCGGUGUUGCCACCACCGGCUCCGCCAGGUGUCGCCAGCUUAGCCAUAUAUUUAGUUGGCCCACAGGGUCAGGUCGUGGGUGGUGCCAUUGCGGGCCCACUCAUGGCCUCAGGACCUGUCGUGAUCAUGGCGGCCACUUUCAUGAACGCCACUUUCGAUAGGCUGCCAAUCGACAAGGAUGAAGCAGUUGCGGUGGCGGCCACAACCACCACCACGGCGGCGCACGAUCAACGUCACCACCGUGUUAUCGGUGAUAUCUACAACCCCCCACAAAACCUGCUUUCUAACACCAGCCUCCCGCCUCCCGAGAUUUAUACUUGGUCAACGGCUCGACCGUUGUCAAAGACACGAGAAUAUGUUUAACGACAGAAACAAAAUGGAGCCGAAAUUUGAAAAUUCAAAUAUGACAUAAAACUAUAGCAUGUGUUUUUCUCAACAUAAUGUU